AUGAACCCAAACCGUUACAUUGGGGUUCUGACAGCAUUUGCGUCCCUCGCAGCAACCUCCCCUGCAUCUGGCCACCCACAAGGCUCCCGCCUCCUGUUCACCCCUACCGAGUCUGCCCUCCGACUUGUCAAGACAUCUCCGGCUGAUCCUGGAUCAUGGGUCACCGACGCGGGCAAAGAUAAGCUUAUCAAAGACGGCAUCAGUUUCAUCGAUAUCACCAACAUCAAGGACGAAGAAGUUAUCGCCAUGCUGUCUACCCCUGAACGCCACUUGAGCCAUACGUAUCUCGAUCAGAGCACUUACUUGGCCCAGCCACAAAUGGAAUGGACCCACGAGAACACUGGUGCCCAGUUUAUGGCCAGCCCUGAGCACACGACAACGUUCAAUGCCGAGAUCGCGAUGCACCACCUCAAAAUAAUGACUGAGUACUUAGGAAGGAAACGCCAUGAUCUUGGGUCGAAUUCUGACCUAGAGCGUAGGUUUUGGACCAGAGACCACCGAUCUGUCAACGGCACAAGAGCCGCUCGAUGGCUUUUUGAAACCAUUGAGAAGAUCGCAGGAGCCAACCCGCGGAUCGAAGUCACCCAGUUCCUACACAACGCCACCUAUCAGCCCUCGGUUAUUGCCAAGUUGCCUGGGAGAACGUCUGACAUUGUCGUUUUCGGCGCCCACUUUGACUCUACUGCAGGGGAGCCAAAUUCCCGUGCCCCAGGAGCCGACGAUAACGCUUCCGGGACAGUCGUGCUGCUCGAACUUCUUCGGAACAUUGCAGAGAGGACGAGGCAGAAUGGGAUGAAGCCUUGGACGCAGCCUCGCAACACAGUUGAGUUCCACUUCUAUGCUGCAGAAGAGGCCGGCUUGCUUGGCUCUUCAGAGAUUUUCCACGAGUACAAGAAAAGGAAUAAGUCAGUGGUUGCCAUGCUAAACCACGACAUGCUGGGAUUUUCCUCCACUGGAAAGAUAACUCUGGGUGGCGACAAUAUUGACCCACGCCUCACACACGUCCUCCGAAGCAUUGCGAAGCAACACCACAUCGAGACACUUAGCUUUUCUUGCGGUUACGCGUGUUCGGAUCAUGCAAGCGCUCGCAACAACGGGUUUCCUGCGGCCUUCAUAACUGCUGAUCGACGGGCAACGGCUAACAAGAGAAUUCACACUGGUCGAGAUACAUUGGAGACAAUCCAGGAAGACACACUUGCACGCCAUUUCAAAUUUGGCCUCGCGGCUCUUGGUGUUCUCUCUGGGGCAAACGUUACCGCGUUGGGCAGACCAAGUGAUGAACCAAGAUAA